CAAGGAAGUUAGCCAUCCUUCUUGGGGAAGAGCCCCCGGGCUGAUCGCCCUCGGCCUCGGUUCUUCAGAGGAGCCAGGCCCUGGCGAAGACUGGACAUCCGUGUGGGGAUCUGUUUUCCCUCUCAUGGAGCCCCAGGUCUUCCUUUUGUAACGUGACUAGCCAAAGCUGGAAAGCCAGCUCAGUGCUAGCGUUUGCCUCUCACAUUGGCGCCAGGGUUUGAUCCCAGCUCUGCAAAACAAAAUGACAAAAGUGAUCAUAGCUAUCCUGCUCUUGGGAGGCCCAUCAAAGGCAGAUCUGAGGCUCUGAGGCUGGCAAAUGUUCCUGUCCAAGGUGCUUGAAGCAUUCCUGGGCGAGAGGGCAGUACUCCACCUUUGGCACAGCUCCCAGCCUUGGCUUAGUUGCUUAGCAACAGCUCUGUGUCUGUGUGUGAGGACAUACUAUGGCAGCCAAGAGGGUGCUGGUAUAUCGAAAUGGGGACCCCUUCUUCCCAGGCCACCAGCUGGUGGUGACCUCACGGCGCUACCCCACCAUGGACGCUUUCCUGUAUGAGGUGACAUCAGCCGUGCAGGCCCCACUGGCUGUACGUACCCUCUACACACUGAGCGACGGCCACCCUGUCACCGACCUGGCUGACCUACAGAACGGAGGGCAGUACGUGGCUGCUGGCUUCGAACGCUUCCACAAGCUCCACUAUCUGCCUCCUGGAAGGAAACACCCAGGUGGGGAGAACAGGCAACAACGAGCGCCUCCCAUGUCUCGCCGCCCAUGUGAUGGGGCCUUUGGACAGUGGAUGCCAGCACACAGCCCCUGCUACAUCCAUGUGUUCAGGAAUGGGGACCUGCUAAACCCCCCCUUUAGUCUGAAGCUGUCCCAGACUGCCAUCCAGGACUGGGAAACAGUCCUGAAGCUGCUGACUGAGAAGGCCGAGUUACAGAGUGGGCCUGUUCACCAACUCUGCACCCUCGAGGGGCUCCCACUGUCCACGGGGGCUGCUCUGGUGAGUGGCCGUUACUAUGUGGCUGUUGGAGAAGAAGAGUUCAAGGCCCUCCCCUAUAUGGAGCUGCUGGUGCCCAGCCCUUCUCUGUGCGGGGGCUGCUGGUGUCCUCCAGGCCUGAAGUGUAAAUCCCACAGGCAGGGGGCCCAGGGCCACAGGGGCCAGGCAGCCCAGCCCUCUUCAAAGGAACCCAGGGAAACUGAGCCAUCCACUUUCUAUGCCAGAUCACAGCAGCCCAUUCAGCCAGGAGGCAAGCUCUCUACUCUCUCAUUUGCAUCAGGAGUUGAGGGGGUGUAUGGGGUGCCACACCCAAGGAAGGAGACUGCAGGGGCCCAGGAAGUGGAUGAGGAUGAAAACACCCACAUGGAGGAGCCUGUGGAUCAGAGGGCAGCAGAGACAGUGGAAGAGGCCUUGUCCUUGCAACACCAGCCUGAGCCUGAAGCAGUAACCUCAGCCUCCGCCCAAGCUCCACCAUCUUAAGAGCCAGGAGCUCCAGACAGAAACUGGAGACAACCAUUCCAAGCCACCUCCAGCCCCAGCCCUCAGCAGCCUGGUCCUGGGAAGCCAUGGCUGGUUGGGCUCACAGUUGGGUAUGCCUCCUCAGCUCCUUCCAGGUCAUAGCCCAGGAAGUUCUGUGGAGGUUACUUCUUAGGUGAUUCUGCCUGAGAAAGCACUGUCUACUAUGUUCAGGAGCAGGCAUGGCACAAUAAAACUGGCUUCACUAA